AUGGCGAAGAUGGCUGCGGGGCUGCUCAUCGCCUCCAUUCUCCUCUUCUUGGAACUUGCAGACGGUGUCAGGAGCGAAGAUCUCAUCCCCGCAGCGCCCACGCCGGACUCCGACGGUACGCUCCAGAGCUAUUCUCCUGCGCCAUUUUCUUCCGUCGAAACUACACCUCCGUGAGCCAGCGAACUUCGGUGCCUGCCAUAUCCAGAGAUGGCCAUGUUCCUCGAGGAUCUGAUCGGAAUCCUUCAGAACCGCCCUCCCUCACGGCGGGUGCCGCCGGACUUCUUCUGCCAUUCAUGCCGAGAGGUCUCCAGGAAGGCCGAGAGGUUCCUGAACGAUCCCAGCUUGUACAAGGAAGUCGAGAAGAUCUCCGGUGAAGUUUGCCACAUCAUACGCUCCGAUUUACAAGUUAAGGUGCCAUCUGAUCUCCUCCAAUUUUCUGGCUUAAAUAAAUUCUUCGUCUCCUCCGGCAAUCGGCUCCUAAAACAUCAUCUUCGAUUCUCGAUAGUGUAGGAAAUUGUUGGAGCUUUACUUGCGGGAGGGUAUCCUCUUCUUCCAGAUCGUCUUCCUCGAGAAGAAUCUCUGCAACUACACCGGAUUCUGCCCGGCUAGUAACCGCACCAACAGUUCAUCUUCCAUCUCUGCGGAGCAGUCGCCGAUCAGGCUUCCGUCCCUUGGCGAGAUAAAUCUGCCGUCAUUCAUGGUAAAAUCAUCACAUUAGUUAUUACUCAUGCUAAUAAUAUAUCGUAGACGUACCAUGAACACAUCUGGUUUUCUUCUGAGAGAAUCGAGUUUCGCAGAUGAAAGCCCGCGCGGGCUGCGACGCGUGCCACGUCGCCGCGGAGCAGAUCCGCCGGGGCCUCGACGAUCACGAACAGCAGGUAAUCACCUCCUCGCCAUCCAAGCACCCAAACUCUACGCAGAAAAAAAUCAAAAUCCUCACGAACUAGGUUUUCCGGUGCCGGCAGAUCAAGAUCAUCAAGGCCCUGCUCGAGGCCUGCGAGUCGCUCCCGAGUCACGCCAAUCAGGUAGAGCCACUCUCCUCCUGGAAAAAAUGGAAAACCGGCGAGAAACUUCAACUCAUUCGAUCAAUCUGCCAUUGCCGCCCCGCAGUGCAAGCGAUCGGUCUUCCAGUACGGCCCACUCGUCCUCGGCAAUCUCCAGAAGUUCCUGAUCGGCAACGAUCUGUGCAUCCUCCUCCGCAUGUGCGACAGCCCCGCGCCGCCGCCGGAGGCCGCCGGGCGGCUGGCGAUGCCGGACCUCCCGGCGACUCUCCGGCGCCUCCUCGCUAGCGGCCCUCCUGCUAAGGUGGCCGUUUUGUAA